AUGGUGAAGAUCUGCUGUAUCGGAGCUGGAUAUGUUGGUGGUCCAACAAUGGCAGUCAUAGCACUGAAAUGUCCAGCCGUUGAGGUUGUAGUUGUCGAUAUCGCUGUGCCACGGAUCGAUGCCUGGAACAGCGACCAGCUCCCUAUCUACGAGCCAGGCCUCGACGACGUGGUCAAGCAAUGCCGUGGCAAGAACCUCUUCUUCAGCACUGAUGUUGAGAAGCACGUGAGGGAGGCUGAUAUCGUCUUCGUCUCCGUCAACACUCCAACGAAGACUCGUGGUCUUGGAGCUGGUAAAGCUGCGGACUUGACUUACUGGGAAAGCGCGGCUCGAAUGAUCGCUGACGUUUCGGUUUCUGACAAGAUCGUCGUCGAGAAAUCAACCGUCCCUGUGAAAACCGCUGAAGCUAUCGAGAAGAUUCUGAUGCACAACAGUAAAGGAAUCAAGUUUCAGAUUCUCUCCAACCCUGAGUUCCUUGCUGAAGGAACAGCCAUUGAUGAUCUUUUCCAUCCUGACCGUGUUCUCAUCGGUGGCCGUGAAACGCCUGAAGGGUUUAAAGCCGUUAACGCCUUGAAAGACGUGUAUGCUCAGUGGGUUCCUGAGGAAAGGAUCUUGACGACUAAUCUCUGGUCCGCUGAGCUCACCAAGCUCGCUGCCAACGCCUUCUUAGCUCAGAGGAUCUCAUCUGUCAAUGCAAUGUCUGCUCUCUGUGAAGCGACUGGUGCUAACGUCUCUGAAGUCUCAUACGCUGUUGGUAAAGACUCCAGAAUCGGUCCCAAGUUCUUGAACUCGAGUGUCGGUUUUGGUGGAUCCUGUUUCCAGAAAGAUAUCCUCAACUUAGUCUACAUCUGUGAAUGCAACGGCUUGCCUGAGGUUGCAGAGUACUGGAAACAAGUCAUCAAGAUCAACGACUACCAGAAAACGAGGUUCGUGAACCGCAUUGUCUCGUCAAUGUUCAACACGGUCUCCAACAAAAAGAUCGCCGUCCUGGGAUUCGCUUUCAAGAAAGACACAGGGGACACGAGAGAGACUCCGGCCAUUGAUGUCUGCAAAGGUUUGUUGGGAGACAAAGCCCGAAUCAGCAUCUACGAUCCACAAGUGACUGAAGAGCAGAUCCAAAGAGACUUAACCAUGAACAAAUUCGACUGGGACCAUCCUCUCCACCUCCAGCCGAUGAGUCCAACCACUGUGAAACAAGUGUCGGUGGCUUGGGACGCUUACACUGCCACAAAGGACGCUCACGGAAUCUGCAUUUUAACCGAGUGGGAGGAGUUUAAGACGCUUGACUAUGAGCGGAUCUUUGAGAAUAUGCAGAAACCGGCGUUUGUGUUUGAUGGUAGAAAUGUUGUUGAUGCAGAGAAGCUGAGGAAGAUAGGGUUUAUUGUUUACUCUAUUGGUAAGCCAUUGGACCAGUGGCUCAAGGACAUGCCUGCUCUUGCUUAG